AUAAGCCAUAACUUAUGCACCAUGCAUAAGCCUGCAUUAGUCCAGCCCAUUAUGCACCUAGCCCAAUAGAAUUGCAUUGCUUCCUACACCCCAAAGGAAUUGCUUCACCAUGCAAGCAAACAAGACAAAACAACACACAUCACCGUCUUCCACACAAACGGUAACAAACACGACCAAACUUCCACCACCGCAAAUCACGUCGGAAACAAACUUCCACCACCGGAAACCGUUCAGAAACCACAUUCACCAUAACCGCAUUCACGUCGGAAACGACAUUCACCACCGGAAGCAAACCGCAUUCACGUUGGUAACGGCAUUCACCACCGGAAGCAGACCAUGUCGGAAACGGUAACAAUCACGUCGCAAACUUCCACCACUGCAAAUCACGUCGGAAACAAACUUCCAUAACCGGAAAUCGCAUUCACCAUAACCGCAUUCAUUCAUCAUCAUCGCCGCAAAACAGUUGGAAAAGAUGAAAACAAAACAGGUUAACAAAUCUAACGACCUAGGGCCAAUUCCAAACUUCAGUAUUGGACUUACGCAAUUAGAGCAGGAGCAAGCAUCUGAUGACGAUAAUGGAAAAAAGAAUGGUAAAAAGAUGGAAAAGAAGACGGAUCAGAUAAACCGUGGGAAAAGGAAACAACAAUCUGAUGAAGGAAGUUCAGAUGACAAAAAUGCAAAGAAGAGUGGUAAAAAGAUGAAAAAGAAGCCGGAUCAGAAAAAACAACAAUCUACUGGAGAAGAAUCUGAUGAAAAGAAGAGUAUUUUUGUUAACAAAUCUGAUGAAGCAAGUUCUGAUGACAAAAAUGGAAAGAAAAACUUGGAUGUCGAUCAACGAUUGAGGCACAAGCUUAGCAUACCUAAGGUCUAUGACCUUACGAAGUCAAUAGAUGGAAAAAGAAGAAAAGACCAGAUAAUUCAACUUUUGAAUGAGAGUGGGUUUGGAGGAAUGGUUCAUAUAUGCAAAUGGACAAAAAUCCACAAAUUCUUUGUGGAAUGGGUUGUCAGACACUUUGAAAAAGAGAAUAUGUGGAUAAGACUGAGCAAGACGGAUGUGCUCCCACUGAAAGAAGAAGAUGUGCACAGAGUGUAUCAUCUCCCAAUGGCGGGGGAGCAGAUCAACAUUAAACUUUGCUCAGAAGCAGCAAUAAAGAGACUCAGGGUAGAGUUAGGAUUGGAUGGUGAUUAUUCUCCAUUUGUCAAGGCGACAGAGUUGGAGAUAAGACUGAAGAUAAUGGAGAAACCAAAGGCAUGGGUAAAGGGUGCAAUUUGUCUUAUAAUUCACAACAUUUUGUGCCCCACUAACAGCAGCUUAGUUUCUCUACAUUAUGCUCAAGUAUUAGAAGAGGCUUCAUCUUAUAACUGGUGCUCCCAUGUUCUCCAAUAUAUGAAAGACGGAUUGCAAAAUCCGGAAGUGGCAAAUCCAUUAGCGGACUUCCACUUCCUAAUGAUUAAUUACAUGGAGAAAAUGGGGAAGAGAAGCCCAUUCCUUACAGGAAAAUACAAGCAGCUAUCGCUUCGUGAUUGGGAUGUCAAGUCGGCAAACCAAGACCUUCAGAAGGUGCAUGAGCUUAUGGGACUGGAUAAAGGAUUGACAGUUGGGGUCAAAAGACUGCAGAGCACCGAUGAUGGUAUGCUUGUAAUGUGUUUUGAUGCAGAUACAUGUCCACUAUCUAAGUGAUGAUGAUGAAGAUGCUUGCGUGAAGGAUGGUGAAUGACGGUUACGGUGACGGUUAUGGCGAAGGAUGAUGAUGAUGUUGACGAAAAACGACGAUGGUGAUGAUGAUGGUGAAAAUGCAAUUGAUCGGCGACGGCGAGGUUGUGAGUAACUGAACGGCGGUACGACAGUGGUGAUGGCGAUGAACGGUUGGUUUUUUGAAGAAUAAAGAAAAGAGAAAUGAAUAGAGAAGAGAAAUGAAAAGAGAAAGAGAAAUGACAAAAUGGGCUAGUUUGGUUUCGUUUGGUUUUGGGGGGGGGGGGUAUGACAAAAUGGCUUCGGGUUCCAAAAGCAAUUAUGCACGGUGCAUAAGAAAAUCUUUAUGCACCAUAACCACUCCCAACGUGAAGCAAGGUUCGCCGGUGAAAUCGGCGCAAUCACGCAGUGACGUAGCCGGAAAACCACGUCGGAAAUCGGAGCAAAGAAUGCAGUCGCGAAAACGGAGAAAGAUAGCAGUUUCGCGAAAACGGAGUAAGAUUGUGGGGUCUGAGUUGAGAACCAUAGGAUCAUUACAAGUGUCCUGUUAUCUGAUGGUUGUGAUUAACUUAUGCAUGGUGCAUAAGUUAUGGCUUAUGCACCAUAAC